AUGAAUUCUGGGAUAUUUGUGGCUUCUUUGAAGACUGGCUGUACAAGCCCGGGGUCAAGCUUAGCGCCGCAGCCCGCGGAGGGUGAACAAUCCGAGGCCACAGUAUACGCCGCCGAACUGCAAGGGAUCCUACUGGCCCUGAUAAUCAUCCUUUGCCGGCCAAUACAACACGCAAUCAUUUUCACUGACAACCAAGCAGCGCUACGAGCACUACAAAUCCCGGGAAGACAAUCAGGACAGUACAUCCUGGAAACCGUCCUAGUUGCCUUGGAGAAGGCUCGUCAACGCAAACUCAUCAUACGUUUCCGAUGGAUACCCUCGCACAGGGGCAUCGACGGAAACGAACAAGCCGAUACAGCAGCAGCAAAAGAAGCACAGGAUGGCGGCAGGUCCGCACCCGGCGUGACAGGAGGACAGAAGUCAUGA